AUGGGAUCAAAUCAAGAGUCUAACAAUGAGCAAAUUGUCUUUUGCGAUGAUGGCGGCCGUCCGCAAAUAGACGUCUACCAGGAUUCCCCUAACUUCUUUCCAAACGAUUACGUGUCAAUUAUCAAUCCGCCACGAGCAGGGGUUUUCAGGGUGAAGGAAAGCCACAAAAACACGUAUAAAUUGCUCGACAGUCGCGGCAAGUUGUUAGACGAUGGUAGAUGGUUCAAAGAGUCCGACCUGCAGCUUGAAGACUAG